GUGUCCCCAGUGGCUCUGGGGCGGGGGGCCGCAGGGACACCGUGAGGUGUCAGGGACUGCCCAGGCUGGGCACUGGGGACAGGCCGGAGCGGGGUCCGGGGAUGGUGUGAGGGGCUGCAGAUGGACUGGGCGUCCCGGGGGCAGGUGGGGAGGAUGAGAGGGACAGAACAGGCCGGGGAGACUGCUGGGGUCAGCCCUCGUGCUGGGGACGAGCUGGGGACAGCCGUGGCCCUGGGUACAGGCCGCGGGGAGGACUGGAAGUGGGGAGGGGUGGACUGGGACUGGGCUUGGAAUCCUGGGGCCGGUGGGAUGGACGAGGGCGACAGCCCUCAGUGUUGGGGACAGCCCUGGGCGGGCGCUGGGUACGGCCGCGGAUGCCGAACGCUGCCCUGUGUGCCCGGUGGGUCCACCCUCGUCCGGGCGGGCACAACCCCGUAUGCCGCAGCCCCGUAGCCCGCGGCCCCCGCCGGGCUCGGCCCCGCCCGGCCGCUCCACGCCGACACCGUGCGGGCAGCCGGGGACCUCGGGGCGGGGCAGGGGCGGUCCGGCCCGGCGUGGAGUGAGCGGCGCGGGGGCCUGACGGCGGCAAGAUGGCGCCCAAAGGGAAAGGCGGCGGCAAAGCCGGGAAGGGCGGCGACAGCGGCAGCAGCAGCGAGGGCAAAGCACAGGGCCCGAAGGGAGGCGGCAGCGCCGUCAAGGUUCGGCACAUCCUGUGCGAGAAGCACGGCCGGGCCAUGGAGGCCAUGGAGAAGCUGAAGUCCGGACAGCGCUUUAGCGAGGUGGCAGCACAGUACAGCGAAGACAAGGCCAGGCAAGGGGGUGAUCUGGGCUGGAUGACCAGAGGCUCCAUGGUGGGACCAUUCCAGGAGGCAGCAUUUGCCCUGCCUGUGAGCAGCAUGGACAAGCCCGUGUACACAGACCCUCCCGUCAAGACCAAGUUCGGAUACCAUAUUAUCAUGGUGGAAGGCAGAAAAUAAAAUGUGAAUGACCAUUA